ACCUCGACCGCCGUCCGGGUUGCGCCGCAGGGCGGUAUCUUGGAGGGGGCAAACCCGUCUGAAUACGACCCUAAGAACCCUCUCACCAUCUUCAUCAUCCAGGUCGGCCUCAUCGUCAUCAUCUGCCACAUCCUGCAUUGGCCUCUGUCCAAGAUCCGCCAGCCCCGAGUCAUUGCCGAAGUCAUUGGAGGCAUCAUCCUGGGACCCUCGGUGAUGGGCCACAUCCCCGGAUUCAGAGAGGCCAUCUUCCCCGCUGCCUCGAUUCCCAACCUGACUCUUGUCGCCAACAUCGGUCUGGUCCUCUACUUGUUCAUGAUUGGUCUUGAGACCGAUGUUCGAUUUCUCCUCAGCAACUGGCGCGUCGCCACCUCGGUCGCCUUUGCUGGUCUGGCCUUGCCAUUUGGCGUUGGCUGCGGUCUCGCCUGGGGCAUAUACAACGCCUUCCGCGACGAUCCCGGCAUCAAGCCCAUCGACUUUAGCACCUACAUGCUGUUCGUCGGCAUCGCGGUCGCUAUUACUGCUUUCCCAGUGCUCUGCCGUAUCCUGACCGAACUCAAGCUGCUCGAUACGCCAGUUGGUGUCAUUACUCUGUCAGCGGGCGUUGCCAACGACGUCGUAGGAUGGAUUCUGCUGGCUCUCUGCGUCGCCCUGGUCAAUGCCGGGCAGGGCAUCACGGCGCUUUGGAUCCUGCUGGUGGCCAUUGGCUACAUCAUCCUCCUUGUCCUUGUCGUCAAGCCUGUCUUGCGAUUUGUGCUGCGGAAAACCAACAAUAUCGAGAAUGGCCCUUCGCAGAGCUCCAUUGCCCUGAUUCUCCUCAUCGCCCUCACCUCUGCCUUCUUCACCGGAAUCAUUGGGAUCCAUCCCAUCUUUGGAGGUUUUGUUGUCGGCUUGAUUAUUCCGCGUGAGCAUGGCUUCAACAUUCGCGUCAUCGAGAAGAUGGAGGAUCUCGUCGGUUCCAUCUUCCUGCCCCUCUACUUUACCCUCUCCGGUCUCAGCACCAACCUGGGCCUUCUCAACAACGGAACGGCCUGGGGCUAUGUGUUUGCUACUACCAUCGUUGCCCUCACCACCAAGAUCAUUGGUGCAUCUGUAGCGGCUCGACUGAAUGGCCUGGUCUGGAGAGAGUCUUUCUCCAUUGGAGUCUUGAUGAGUUGCAAGGGUCUCGUGGAGCUCAUUGUGCUGAAUAUCGGUCUGCAAGCGAAAAUCUUGAGCGUCAGGACGUUUACCAUCUUCGUCGUCAUGGCCCUUCUCACCACCUUCUUGACGACCCCAGCCGUCUCCUUUCUCUACCCCCCUUGGUAUCAGAAGAAGAUUGCUGCUUGGAAGCGUGGGGAGAUUGACUGGGACACUGGUGCUCCUAUCACCCAAGUGACCGUCACUCCUGGAACAGACACAUCUACUCAGAGAGUCCGGCGGCUGCUUGUUUACCUUAGACUGGACAACAUGCCUGCGCUGCUCAACCUUCUUUCGCUGUUUGGAAGUUCUCAUGCGGCAGAGACGCCAAGCGGAACGUCGGAGGGAGGCUCCAAGAGGAGCUAUGAAGACGUAGUCAAGGGGCCGGUCCGAGCUCACGGUCUUCGACUCCUCGAACUGACGGAUCGCGAUUCGUCCGUCAUGACAGUCGCUCAGGUCGACGAGUACACCAGACACGACCCCGUCGUGAACAUCUUCCGCAGCGUCGGCCAGCUCCACAACAUUGCAGCGUCCGGCGAGGUCGCCAUCAUGCCCGAGGAUCGCUUUGCCGAUGCCCUCGUUUCGCGCUCUUCCAACAUGGGAUCGGAUCUCCUCCUCAUGCCCUGGACCGAGACUGGCAGCAUGGGAGAUGCGCAGAUAAUAUCAUCCGCAGAUGUUGAAGAUAGGCUUGCGUCCAACUAUCUGUCGUUUGUCAAGUCUGUCCUCCGCUCCAUCGAUCACAAUGUCGGCAUCUUCUUCACACGCAGCCGAGACGAUGUCAAGACGGGCAAGAAGGAGGGCCAGGAGCAAGCAAGGCUUCGCCGGCAAUACUCGUAUGACGUUUCUCGGCGCGAGUUCCCGACUGCGCCCCUGGUGCCUCGCACUCACAACAUCUUCUUCGUCUACUUUGGAGGCCGCGACGACAACUUUGCCCUUCGGUUGGUUCUCCAGCUGCUCGAGCGCGAGCGCGUGACUGCGACCAUCAUCAACGUC